GGCCAGAGCCAAUGGCGGACGAGGUGCGCAAGGGUAGUUUCUCAUGAUUCGUUGUCCAUCUCGGCUUGAUUUCCAUAACCAAUCACCUCGGCACCGCACUGAAAUCACCGGCCCAAUACCCCAUGUGGUCCAAUGGAGCAGCUCCAAGUGCAGAACUCGUAUGAUGCAAGUCAGAACGGAGUGUCCGUAGUGCAGUCUCCCUUUCAGACCAUCCAGUUCCCCUUGCAAGGGGGACAACUCCAGGCACAGCCACAGCUGAUCCAGCUUGGGCAGAAUGGCCUCCUGCAAGGACAGUCCUUCAUGCUGCAGACCCUGCCCCAGGGACAACAUAUACAGAUUCAGGGCCAGUUCCCACAGACUAUACAGCUUCAGGGACAGAAUGGACAAAUUCUGCAGCAGCUGCCCCUGUAUGCUGGAAACCAGGCCAUGCCUCAGAACCAGCACCAGAACGUCUCGCAACCAGUAUUUAUUCAGCAGCCUCAGACACAGAAUCAGGUUCUCGGGCAGUUCAUCAAUGCUCAGAACGGUCAGAUACUGUGGCAGCAGCAUGUAGCAGGGGCAGAUAACUCUGCUCAGGCGCAACUCCAGUCACAAGGAGUGUACCAGGUAGCCUAUCCGUCCACCCAAACUCCAGUGAUGCCUGACGCCAAUCAGGUGGUGAGUGCGCCACAGACCACAACACAGUCACCGUCGCCGAUGCCUGUCACCAACAACGCCGACAAUGGAAAUGUUGUCAUGGUUGUUCCCGGUUCCACAAACACCCCCACCGUUCAAAGAGUCCCGCUCACCUGUCCAGAAAUUGUUGAUGAUGAUGAACCAUUAUAUGUAAACGCAAAGCAGUAUCAUCGGAUACUGAAACGCCGUCAAGCCCGUGCCAAGUUAGAGGCAGACGGCAAAAUAUCUAAAGAGAGACGGGUGAGAACGACUUUUGAAAUAUCUUCACGAGUCACGACACCGACACGCAUUGAAUCGAGCGCGAGGAGAAGGAGGGAGGUUCCAUUCAAAGGAAGAGGGGGGAGAUGGUAUCCUCAUUAAAACAGAGCCCGAUUCCCCGCCAUUUGAUUUGAGUAGUGUUUAUGAAGUGAAGACCGAGCGUCUGUCACCCAUAGCAGUCACAGUUGCACAAGAUGCAUUCCAGCUGCCUGAAGGAUGCUGAUUACCUCCCUUGAACACAAGUUGUCUCCUCUUACCAGUGAGCUGUCUGCAUCCAGACAAUGUUGAAGGCACAUUGUUGUAUGCUGAUUACCUCCCUUGAACACAAGUUGUCUCCCCUUACCAAGUGAGCUGACUGUAUCCAGACAAUGUUGAAGGCACAUCGUUGUAUGCUGAUUACCUCCCUUGAACACAAGUUGUCUCCCCUUACCAGUGUUUCCAGACAAUGGUCAAGGCACAUUUUUGUAAGAAAGCGUACAACGUUAUGGAUACAUUGUUGUGUUAGUGGUAUUGAAGACCUUUACAGAAAUGUAUUAUGAUAAACAGCUAAUGGCUGGAAUGCAGUUUUUCACUGUUAAGGGAUUAGUACUUUUAAAUUUGUUAAAGAUUCUUUAAUAUUAUGUUCUAAAUGUUCUCACAACAGAUUCAGCAGCUGUUAAUAAGAGAAAGAAACAGGUUGACAUUCUUGUAUAAGUUUUUAAUAGUUUCUUGCUUAUUUUUUCUUUUAGUGUGUACCUUUACAAUCAAAAAAUGUCCUUGAGACAGAAAUUGAUAGGUUAAGAUCUGUUUGUCAGUGCACCCUGGGUAGAAGACUUCUUUGGCCAGGCAGGUGAUGUAAGAUGCAACCCCACAUGCUGUAUCAUUAAAGUAGAGGUGAGGUGGUCCAAUGGUUAAAGCAUUCGCUUGUCAGACCAGGGUUUGAAUCCAAUAUGGUACAAUAUAUGAAACCCAUUUCUGGAGUCUCCCAGCAUGUUGCCUGAAGUGGCAUAAAACCUCACUCACUCAUCAUGGGGAGCAAGUGGUCCAGGUUGCAGGCAUGAUCUUCUGUUUGGUGUUUAAAUCAUGGAUUUGUCCCGAACAGCGUUCAGGCCAUGCCAUAUCUCAAUCUCAUUAAAAUCAGAUCUUUGUUCUCGCUUCCGCUAAACAAAGAUCUGAGGACAUCCCAUUACGGGUCAUGUCAGGCCGACCUUGCGCGAACUUUGACUGACCAAUGG